AUGUCUACCGCUGCGAAAAACGUCGUCCUGAUCGACAACUACGAUUCUUUCACAUGGAACGUCUACGAGUAUCUUUGCCAAGAAGGUGCCCGAGUGACCGUCUAUCGUAAUGACCAAAUCACACUACCAGAGCUAAUUGCUCUCAACAUCGAUACAGUCAUUAUAUCUCCCGGUCCAGGCCACCCUAAGACAGACUCUGGAAUUUCUAGAGAUGUCAUCAGUUACUUCACAGGUAAGAUUCCUGUUUUUGGGAUCUGUAUGGGUCAACAAUGUAUGAUCGAUGUCUUUGGUGGUGAAGUCGCCUAUGCGGGUGAGAUUGUUCAUGGGAAGACUUCCCCCAUUUACCACGACAAUAAAGGGUUCUUCAAGAGCGUUCCUCAAGGUGUUGCCGUCACGAGAUAUCAUUCUUUGGCAGGUACUCAAGAAUCCCUACCUGAUGUGCUAGAGGUUUCUGCAAGAACCGAGAAUGGGAUAAUUAUGGGGGUGAGACAUAAGAAAUACACCGUGGAAGGUGUUCAAUUCCAUCCAGAAUCCAUCUUGACUGAAGAAGGUCAUUUAAUGAUAAAGAAUAUCUUGCAGGUUAAUGGUGGUACUUGGGAGGAAAAUAACGCCUUGAGCAGCAAUAACCUUUCCAAGAAGGAAUCCAUUUUGGUUCAAAUUUACGAUCAACGUAAGAAGGACGUUGCUGAAUUAUCAAAUACUCCUGGUCUCACGUUGAGAGAUUUAGAGGCUAAUUUCCGAAUGGGGUUGGCUCCACCUGUACAAGAUUUCUACAAGCGUUUAACAUUACAAACACAGGAAGGUUCUAAAAAGAGAGCUGUUGUGCUGGCUGAAAUGAAACGUGCAUCACCUUCCAAAGGAGAUAUCUUCCCGGAUGCCAUUGCCGCUGAACAAGCCACUAAAUAUGCUGAGGCAGGUGCAUCUGCCAUUUCUGUGCUUACUGAACCACAUUGGUUCAAGGGAAAUCUACAAGAUUUGGUUAACACUAGAAGGGCAUUGGAUAAGAAAUUUGCUGAUGAUCUGAUGCAUAGACCAUGUGUUCUAAGAAAGGAAUUCAUCUUUAGUAAAUAUCAAAUAUUGGAAGCUAGAUUGGCUGGUGCCGACACAGUCUUGUUGAUUGUUAAAAUGCUAUCCCAAGAAUCUCUAAGGGAAUUGUAUGAAUAUGCUACAAGAGAGAUAGGGUUGGAACCAUUGGUGGAGGUCAAUUCUAAGGAGGAAUUAGAUCGCGCAUUAGCCAUUAAUGCAAAAGUCAUUGGUGUCAAUAAUAGAGAUUUACAUUCUUUCACUGUUGAUUUGAAUACUACAAGUAAUUUAGUUGAUGCCACUCCAAAGGGUACUAUAUUAAUCGCGUUAUCUGGAAUCACUAAGAGUUCGGAUGCUGACAAAUAUAAAGAGGAAGGAGUCCAUGGAUUCCUUGUUGGAGAAGCUUUGAUGAAGACGAAUGAUGUGCCCAAGUUUAUCGAUGAACUUUGCCAAUAA